AUGGCCGACCACGAAGUCAAUGUAGCUCAGCUGCAUGGUGAAAGCAGACAGGACAUCGAGCCUUCGGAAAAGAUCACCCGCGACGUCCUCGGCGGCCCGUUGAACGCCGACCCGAAGUCGUUGCCCAAGGCUGGCGAACAUGGCUUCACGAGCUUAGCACCAGCCGAAGCUAUGAGCGACGACACUGAAACGGAAGCAACUCCAGACGGAGAGGAGCCAACUGCACACGAGAGGAAGACACUGAGACACGUGGGAGAGAGUCUGCCAUUUGCGACCUUCUUGGUUGCCUUCGUCGAAUUGUGCGAACGAUUCACCUACUAUGGUUGCCAGGGUAUCUUCCAGAACUACGUCCAAAGACCUCUUGAUGGUUCUGAAGGACGAGGAGCUCUUGGUAUGGGCCACCAGGGCGCGACCGGCUUGACGACUUUCUUUAGCUUCUUCUGCUACGUUACCCCCAUCUUUGGGGCCAUCGUUGCCGAUCAGUAUGUUGGAAAAUACAAGGCCAUCCUCUAUUUCUCAGUCGUAUACAUCAUCGGCCUCCUCAUUCUGUGGACGACCGCACUGCCAUCAUCGUUGAACCAUGGCGCCGGACUGGGUGGCUUCAUCACCGCCAUCAUUGUCAUCGGAAUCGGCACCGGUGGUAUCAAGUCAAAUGUCGCCCCGCUGAUUGCUGAUCAGUACAAGAGACGCAAGAUGGCCAUCAUGACUACUCCCAAGGGCGAACGUAUCAUCAUCGACCCUUCGGUGACCAUCCAGAGAAUUUACAUGAUCUUCUACACUUGCAUCAACAUCGGAGCCCUGUCUCUUUUGGCCACCCCUUAUAUGGAACGCGACAUAGGCUUCUGGUCGGCGUACCUGCUGUGUUUCUGCAUGUUCUGCGCCGGUACGACUGUACUUGUCUUGGGCCGAAAGGUGUACGUCGUGCGUCCACCGCAAGGCUCCAUCAUUACAGAUGCUUUCAAGUGCAUCUGGCUUAUGAUCAGAUAUCGUCACGAAGAUGCUCCCAAACCAUCCUGGCUUGCUGCGCACGGAAUUACAAAGACAGUGCCUUGGAACGAUCACUUCAUUGAUGAGUUGAAGAGAGCACUCAUUGCCUGCAGAGUCUUUGCCAUCUACCCAAUUUACUGGUUGGUCUACGGUCAGUUCAGCGGAAAUUUCGUCACCCAGGCUGGUCAGAUGAAAGGCCAUGGAAUCCCCAACGACUUAAUGCAGAACUUCGAUCCUAUUGCCAUCAUCGUCUUCGUUCCGGUGCUCGACCGCUGGGUUUACCCGCUUCUUCGCAAGAUGCGAAUUCCGUUCCCUCCAAUCAACCGAAUCGUCCUUGGGUUCUGGGUGGCCUCUCUCGCCAUGGCGUAUGCUGCCAUUGUGCAGCACUUGAUCUACGUUUCCGGUCCGUGCUACGACCAGCCAUUGUGCGAUGCAUCUAUCGUCGAUGGAGUUGCGCAGGGAAAUAACAUUCACAUUGCCAUUCAGACGCCAGCGUAUAUGCUCAUUGGUAUCUCAGAAAUCUUCGCCUCGGUGACUGGUCUGGAGUAUGCAUACACGAAGGCACCACCAAGCAUGAAGAGUUUCGUUCAGUCCAUGUACCUGUUGACCAAUGCGUUCGGUUCUGCUUUGGGUGAAGCGUUGACGCCGGUCGCAUAUGAUCCUGCGAUUCUGUGGAUGUUCGUUGGCCUUGCUGGUGCAUCUUUCGGGGCUGGCUGUCUCAUCUGGAUUCUAUUCCAUCACCUCAACGCCCAAGAAGAGGAAUUGAAUGAUUUGGAUUCGGACGUGGAUGAUGAGGGAGGAUACCGCAAGGGCUCAAAGGUCACAUAUUAA